UCCGGAGCGCGCGCUGCGCGUCCCCGCUUGUUGUUCCCGCAGAGAGGGCAGAAGAUGGCGGCCGUGUCGAGCGGUGCUGCCGCCGCCGGGAUACCGAACCCGAACGCGAACCGAGCCGCCGCGGCGGUUGUCGGCCGCCCGCCCCCCGUGCGCGUCGGCUACUACGAAAUGGAGCGGACCAUCGGGAAGGGCAAUUUCGCCGUGGUCAAACUCGCCACGCACAUGAUCACCAGAGCGAAGGUUGCGAUAAAGAUCGUGGAUAAGACUCAGCUGGACGAUGAGAAUCUGAAGAAGAUCUUCCGGGAGGUUCAGAUCAUGAAGAUGCUGCGACACCCUCACAUCAUCCGUCUGUACCAGGUGAUGGAGACGGAGCGGAUGAUCUAUCUGGUGACCGAGUACGCCAGCGGAGGAGAGAUCUUCGAUCAUCUCGUGGCUCACGGACGGAUGGCGGAGAAAGACGCGCGGCGGAAGUUCAAGCAGAUCGUAGCGGCGGUUUAUUUCUGUCACUGCAGGAACAUCGUCCACAGAGACCUGAAGGCAGAAAACCUGCUGCUGGACCACAACCUCAACAUCAAGAUCGCAGAUUUCGGCUUCAGUAAUCUGUUCUCUCGAGGACAGCUGCUGAAGACGUGGUGUGGCAGUCCUCCGUACGCCGCGCCCGAGCUCUUCGAGGGGAAAGAGUAUGACGGACCUAAAGUGGACAUAUGGAGUUUGGGUGUGGUGUUGUAUGUCCUGGUCUGUGGCGCGUUACCAUUUGAUGGAAGCACUUUACAGAACCUCCGCGCACGAGUCCUCAGUGGAAAGUUCCGGAUCCCGUUCUUCAUGUCCACAGACUGUGAGUAUCUGAUCAGACACAUGUUGGUUCUGGAACCCAGUCGACGGCUUUCAAUGGAGCAGAUCUGCAAGAACAAGUGGAUGAGACAAGGAGACCCCGACACCGAGUUUGACAGACUGAUAGCAGAAUGUGAGCAGGUGAAGGUGGAGAGAGAAACGGAGUUAAUUAAUGAGCAGGUGCUGAUGGCCAUGUCAGAAAUGGGCUUCGACCGCGAGCGGACCUUACAGUCUCUGCAGACGGAUGCCUAUGAUCACUACAGCGCCACCUACAGUCUGCUGUCUGACAAACUCAAGCGGCACAAGAACCUGUGUGUUGCUCCACCCACGCCCCGCCCCCUCUACCCGCUCAACACCAUGCAGGAUCAGAGUAGCGCUGUCAGUAUGACGGUACCGCAGGUUCAGCUCAUAAACCCAGAGAAUCAGAUCGUCGAGACGGACGGGACGAUGGCUUUGGACAGUGAUGAGGGAGAAGAGCCCAGUCCAGAAGCGAUGGCCCGAUACCUGUCCAUGAGACGCCACACUGUGGGCGUUCCCGACCCCAGGGCUGAGAUUCAGGAGGAUCUUCAGAAACUGGCCCCUGGGUUUCCGCGUGUGGCCCCUCAGCCGCCCUUCCCGCCGCUGGUUCCCACCAUGGCGCAGAUGCAUCUGAUGCCGACCCCGAAUCUGCAGCCCACGCAGCAGCUGGAGUACAAGGAACAGUCUCUCCUGCAGCCUCCCACCCUGCAGCUGCUGAAUGGCAUGGGUCCCCUGGGCCGCCGGGCGUCUGACGGCGGAGCCAACAUUCAGCUUCACGCGCAGCAGCUCUUGAAGAGGCCGCGCGGUCAGUCGCCGUUGGUCACCAGCCCGCAUCCGAUCCCGGCCGUGACUCCGGUGGAUGAGGAGGGAUCUGACGCCGAGCCGGAUCCGGAGGCCGUUCAGAGGUCGUCGUAUAAGGACUGUAACACUCUUCACCUGCCGAUGGAGCGCUUCUCUCCCGUCAGACGCUUCUCAGACGGAGCCGCCACCAUCCAAGCGUUCAAGGCCCAGCUGGAGAACAACAGCCUGAUCCGACAGCUCAAACAGGAGUGUGAGCAGCUUCAGAAGAUGUACGCGGCUCCGCAGGACGAGCGUCUGAGGGAGCACACACAGCAGCAGCACAUUCUCUACCAGCAAAUACAGGCCCUGUCUUUGGGACAUGGAGAAAACCAGCCCAGCAGUCACCUGACAUACCAGCUACAGAGGUUGCGUAUUCAGCCCUCCAGUCCUCCUCCUUCGCAUCCCAACAACCACCUCUUCAGGCCAGCCAAUCAGAGUCCUCCGGGGAGUCAGGGGAUGAUGCAGGCACACGGCGGGCCGUCUGCGGUUCAGUUUCAGCAUGGCUCCGCCCUCUACCAGUCUCCUAGCGACAGCCCUCCCCCCACCAGCCUCCCCCGCAUGGCGCUGCCCAAUCAGCAGCCUCCGCCAGGCUCCGCCCGCUCACUAGCGCAGACCCUCCCACAGCAGCAGCAGCAGGUGACCAUUCAGGUGCAGGAGGUGGAGCUCGGGGGCGGAGCCCAGCGGCAGGGUUUCCUAGCAACACCGCCUCACAGAGUUCUGGGGAAGCAGCUGAGCGCAGAUAACGCGGAAACACACAGUCGCAGUUUGAGUCGCUUCCACACUUCCACGUACGAGCAGUUUAACCCGCACAUGUUCGGCGAGGGCGGUGUGAGCGGCGUCAUCGGCACUUAUAACCCCUACCUGCAGGGGGUGUCUCUGAAGGUGCCGGGGCUGGAGGGCUAUCAGGGCUAUCCGUCUGCACUGCAGCAGGCUCUGCUCUCUCCCACGCCGCUGGAGUAUCGUCCGGUCCAGCAGCACGUCACGCCGACCCUGCAGGGGCUGCUCUCGCCGCGGCACUCGCUCACGGGACACACCGACCCCCGCCUGCCUCCGCAGGACCUCGCCGCGCUGCUCAAACGCCAGAGCCUGCACCCGGCCCCGCCCACAGCCACGCCCACCAACCCGCAGGACUACGGAGAGAUGCUGCUGCUGCAGCAACUGGGCCAAGCCGCCGAGAGCUUAGAGCCCGCCCCUCCGCAAGCCCCGCCCACACAGCACUACCAUCACCUGCUCCAAAUCAGGACCCCGGCCGAGUGCCCCGCCCCGCCCCUCCCUCACUCGGAGAGCAUGGAGGAGGACGAUGAGAUGCCGGCCUAUCACGAGGGCCUGCUGGCCAAAGCCGCCGCCCCCUGCACUGAGGGACAGGAGCUGCUGGCUCCGCCCCCUGGCAGCACGCCGCCAUACUCCUCCCCCACACACAGACACGCCUACAUGCACAGCACCACGGCAGCCAGAGAGGCGUGUGCUGAGGCUGCAGAGUGUCGGGUGAUGGAGGGAGAUCAUAACGGUUACAGCUCAUGCGCCGCGCAGGGAGACACUUACAGACCGCGAGCAUCAUUACAGAGACACCACACCAUCCAGACCUGCGACGAUGCUUACGAGCAGGUGGAGCCCAUGUCUGGAAUGAGCUUAUUGGCUGGGAAGGUGCUAAGCUCCGCCCGCAUGUCAGACAUCCUCAGCCAAUCAUCUCUGACAGGAAGCCAGCAGCUGCAGCAGAGGGAGGGGUCAGCGUGUGACGUGGAGGCAGACGUUCACCCCGCCACGUGUUACCCGUCCUCCUGCACCAGUGACAUGCUGCUAAGCUACAAAACCCCCGAUCUGCAGUACAGCGUGGAGCAGGCCGGGGUCUAAUGAACACAGGGGUGUAUUUGCUGUAUAAAGCUCAUAUCCGUCUGCUGUGUUGUGCUGUCAUGCCAAAUCCUCAUCGUCUGUCUGUCGGGGUGCCGUGGGUGUGGCCUGCACGCAGGGGGCGGAGCUCUCGGCUUCCUCUUCCGUGCCGCUGGGAGUGUCUCUGAUUGGCUGCAGCCCCUCCCACACCCCAAGCCCCUCCUACCGUUGCCAUAGCAGCGCUUUUGCCACUCCGAUGUACAAGGCAAA